AUGGCAUCCGCCUUGGUGACCGCGCGCUCGACCGCGCCGGCCGUCCUCGCGGGCGCGCUUUCGCGACCCCCGCCGCGCCGCGUCGACCGCCUCCCGCGCUCGGUCUCGCCCCGAACCGCCGCCGCUCGCCCGAGAGAGGCGCCCUCUCGACGACGCCUCGCCGCCGCGGAGGAGGACGGCACGGCGACGACGGCGACGACGAGCGAGGGCGACGACGAGGAGGAAAUCCCGCAAAUCGAGAUCCCCGAGCGGCCCGAGCACGUCCGCGUCGUCGACGCCUUUCUCCCCGCCGCCGACGCCGUCGCCCUUCGCGGCGUGUUCGAUGCGCACAACGACGACCCGAGACGAGUGCACGAGUACAGGUUCGUGUGGGACUACUGGCACGUCCCCGGGCAGUACACCCAGCUCAGGACCCCCGCGGCGGAUUAUUUCCCCAAGGAGCAGUUCGAGCAGUUGGAGGAUGCGCUGCUGACGUACGCGAAAGAGACGCUGGGGUGCUCGGCGAUGACGCCGGUGUGGCUGUCGAAUUACGUCGACGGGAUGCGUCAGGAGAUCCACGCGGACGUUCCCCACGGACCCUUCGCCUUCGUGCUGUCGCUCACGAACUGGGACAAACGACGGUUCACGGGCGGGGAGACGUUUCUUCUGCGACCCGAAACGCUGGACUACUGGCGAGGGUUCGAGACGUCCUCGGUGGUGGAGCGCGGCGCCGUCGUCCAAACCGUGGAGCCCGAGUUUAACCGUCUGACGGUGUUUGACCCGAGGAUACCGCACGGCGUCAACGUCGUGGAGGGCACGCGGGACGUUCGGGAGGGGCGGUUGGUGCUGCACGGGUGGUUCAGGGACCUCGCGCCGCACUUCUCCGGCGCGCUGACCGAGGCGGCGUGCGAGCCGGCGCUGGGCGAGAUACUGCCCCGGCUGUACGAGGCUUUGGGAGCGCUGCCGAGGGCGCGCGGGGUGGUCGUCAUCCGGGUGAACGUCGACGCGAACGGAGCGGUGACCGGGACGGAGUGGAAGGCGGACACGCUGGUUCCCGCGCCGGCGCCGAACCUCCCGGACCCGACGGAGGUCAGGGACGCGAUCCUGCUGGAGAUUGCGGGGACGUUCAUGGACGCCGAGUUUCCCGCGGCGGGGGCGCCGGGCGCCGUCACGAUGCCGUUCGAGUUUGACUGA